AAAAAAAUCGUCAGAAUUAAAAAAAAUGUUAAUCAAAUUUGUUGAAAUAGUGGUUUGCUUGUGCAUGUGUUCCUCAAUAACAACUUCUCAUAUUUAUAGUAAAUCUAGUGAACGAACUCUUAAAAAACACGUGCUUCCUAAAAUGAUGCCAUCGUAUUCGCCUGACAGUUACAACAAACAAUCUAGAUAUACAAAAUUCGAUAAAGUAAUGACCCGAAUAAAUAAAAUGAGUUUCGAAGAGGAAGUUCAUGGCGAAGAAGUAAACAAAAUCAGACAUAAAAAUUGGAAUAAUAAUCUCGUAGUUACUACCACUACUGCAAUAGCGCCAACGCCGACGACUGAAAUGGAUUUAUUUGAAACAUACGGGGAACUGGAGAGUGAAGAUUACUUUGAUGAUUACGAAGAUACGGAUGAUGAAGAUGAUGAGUUCGAAUAUGAAGAUGAAAACCUAUUCGAUGAGGUUCAAGCAGAAGAACCUACCGAAAAACCAGUGACCACAUAUGCGCCUAAGCCUGUGUCUAAGUUAACAGAGUAUAAAUGGAAUCAUUUUGGGACUAGAGAAAAGGUGGAAGAAUCGAUGAGGCAGCAACUUAAUUUAAAUCCUUCAAAAGAACAACUAACGGUAAAAGCGGUGAUAGAUCAUUAUGCUCGAGUGAACCAACAAUCGAAGUGCAAGAAUCCUUUACCAAGAGUGAUAUCCGUUCAACAAGAACAUCCAAAUCCCACGAAAAGUUAUAUACCAGCAUGUACAGUAUUAUAUAGAUGUGCAGAGGACUCCGGUUGUUGCAAUAGCGAUACGCAAUGCCAAUUUAAAACGAGAGUGUUAGUGUCUCUCUAUUUCUAUGCAAAAGUAAUUGGAAAAGAACAUAAUACAAUUGAAAAAUUAGAGUUCUACAAUCACACAGAAUGUACCUGCAAAGAAAUAAUCGAACACACACAUCCUGAAAAUGAUAUAGAAACAAGAAUUACUUCAAAAUAUUCGGAAAGAGGAUCUUAUAACAAAUCGAACGAAAAAAAUAAUGACAGGUGUAACUGCCCAAAACCAUAUCAAACAAUUAAUUCAUCACCAAAAUGUAUUUGUGAUUGUGACAUAAUCGAUGAAGACUGUAUUCAAUUAAAAAAAGGAAAAGAGCAUUUUAGUAUGAAUAACAGAAUAUGUAUCCAAGAUAACCAAUGUGGUGUUCCCACGUGCGAAUAUGGUACCUACAUAAUGGGUGAAGGCAAAUGUCCUACGAAACAAGAGAAAUUGGAAGAAUUUCGUAAAAUGCGAAUCAAUAUCUGAUACAACAACUAUAAUUAUCUUAAUUUUUACCAGUGCCAAUUUAUUUAUCUUAAAUAAUUAAAAUGUAAUUAAGUAUAAUAUCUGUGAUCAUUUAGGAUUAGAGAAAUUAAUGAUUAAAUUUAAAUACCUACCACCAAUGUUAAUAUAUUAUAAAUAUUAUUUGUAUUAGAGAAAAUAAUGAGUGGA